AUGCCGUACAGUCUCAAAGGCCGUAACGUCCUAGUCACCGGAGGAUCCCGAGGACUUGGUGCUUUGAUUUCCGAGAAGUUUGCUGCUGAAGGGUCAAAUGUCGUGGUAAACUACGUGAGCAGCAAAGACAGAGCUGAAGAGGUUGCCGAAAAAUGUAAAGGCCUUGGAGCCAAGGUUGCAGUCGUCCAAGCAGACAUUGGGGUUGCAGCUGAUUGCAUUCGCUUGGUCAAAGAGACCGUAGAACAUCUUGGAGGUCUUGAUGUUAUCGUCAAUAACGCCGGAUGGACAAGAUUUGUCAAGUUCGGUGACAUUUAUGCUUUCGAGCACGAGGAAUGGGACAAGUGCUGGCACACAAACGUUAUGUCUCACUUGGUACUAAUGCAAGAGGCCCUGCCAAUCUUCAAGUCGAACCCCGAUGGUGGUGUCUUUCUGCUCUCCUCCUCAAUUGCAGGAAUAAGCUUGAGUGGAAGUAGCAUGGCCUAUGCAGUCACUAAAGCUGCAGGAAUCCAUCUUAUGAAAUGUCUUGCAUCGACACAAGGCCCGAAAGUCAGAGUCAACGCCGUUUUGCCGGGGCUUCUCUUGACAGAAUGGGGUCUCAGAUAUAGCGAAGAAAAAAUCCAAGCGGCCAAGGACAAGGCUGUGUUGAAGCAGGAGACUCUGCUCGAUGAUUGUGCUGACAUAUUUAUAUCAACGGCCAAGAACACAUCAGUGACGGGCCAACCUAUCGUCGUUGGUAGGUCGUAA